AUGUGCCAAAAGCUAGCGUCGGUGCCGGAAUUGGCCUAAUAUUCACUUUCCUGUGAAUAUUACCGCGUCGGCGGAUCCUCAAGUAGAAAUAUAGAGCGGUGGUCGGCGGAUCCUCAAGUGCCUAACCUAAUUUCCUCCGUCGCCGCGCCAGAUCUCACCGCGACCUCCUUCCUCAAGCCGCCGCGGUCUCUCCCCCCUCGAGCAGCCGUCGCCUCCAGCCAUGUCGCCCCCUCGUCGGCACCUAUGUUCUUUUCGAUUUCGAUCUGUGGCAAUCCUUGACGCACAGCAUCGGCACCGGCGUUGGCUGCGGAAACGUCACACGGCUGCUGCAAGUACGUAUUCUCUCCCCGGUUAUUUCUGGAUUGAGAUCCAGUGACAUGUCACCGAUGAACAGUACCGUAACCUGUGGACUGAGAUACAGUGACAUGUCACCGAUGAACAGCAUGUGAUCUGGCCUGUUGGUUUUCGGUCCAGCCGCCAUGCUACGGCCUGACAUGCUGAUCUCUGUCUGUUAUUUCUUAUAUCCUAAACAGUUUUAACCAUCAAUAAGCUUCUGGACUAAAUAUAAAUUAGACACCCUAGAUGCAUCUCGGCGUAGCAGGGUAGUACUGUACUCUUUUAUGUGAAUGUGAAGAAAAAUAUAGUGCUCUAAGAGCCCACGUAAACAAUUUUUCAGAUUAUUAACUCUUCAUAGUCGGACUCAUUAUUUCGGCUUCUGUGCACCACAUUUUUACCUUUCUUUGUUCGAUUUGAGUAGCUCGAGCAAUUUUUUUUACAUAUUACGCUGCAUUAUAGAUAGUAGUGGAUCAAAGGCUUUGUCUACUCAAAUAAAUAUUCAUCAAACAGGUAUUGAUAUUUCUCAAGGUGCUGACAAUAUGAAUCCUCAAUCUCCUUUUGAGAAACUUCCAGAGGACAUCUUACAUCGUAUACAUUCUCUCUUACCAGUACAAGACGCUGCUUGUGCUGCUUGUGUGUCUCAUGCAUUUCUGCAUUCCUGGAGAUGCUAUACCAAACUCACACUCAACGACUCUACGCUUCGGUUGACUCACAUAAAAUUUGAGGAAAGGAAAAUCUAUUUCAUUGACAGAGUUGACAAAAUUCUUAAAAACCAUCAUGAUAAAGGGGUGAAGGUGGAGACACUUAACCUUAUUCUUACCCCUUGCACCAAUAUCAAAGCCUCCUACCUGGACAGGUGGCUCCGAAGAACCGUUAAGUCUGGGUUCAAAGAUCUUUACUUGGAGAUGCCUUUAUCCAUGAAGAAAAUUUACAAUUUCCCGUGUUCAGUCUUGUCUGAUGAGGGAGCCGCAAGUUCAAUUCAGUUUCUUAAAAUUGGGUCGUGCGCUUUUCGUCCCACAUCAACACUUGGCUCCAUGGGAAGGUUGAAAAUUUUAAGUUUGUCUUUUGUCCAUAUUACCGAGGAAGGAUUGCAGCACCUGCUUUCAAAAUCUUCUACCUUAGAGGAGCUCAGGAUAUUCGCAUGUAAUGGGAUAAUUUGCUUGAAAAUACCUUGUACGAUGCAUCAUCUCAAGAUUCUUGAUGUUCAAUCUUUCAACAUGCCGCGGGUUGUAGAGAUUGAUGCUCCAAACCUCUGCUAUUUUAAGUACGACAGUGCUUUGCCUGAAAUCUAUGUCAGAAAUCGUUCUCAACUUAAGCAUGUACAGUUAUCAUCUGCACGCCCAUCUGGUGUUCUUUUUUAUGCUCGCACUAGUCUUCCAUCCAUCGCACGGAAUGUUGAGAGUCUUAUUUUGGUUGGUUGUGGCGAGAAUGCCAACACUCCGUUGCUACAAUCCAAGCUACCCCACCUCAAGAACUUGGAAAUUAGACUCGGAGCAGGCUGCCCCACAAGCUAUGACGUCUUUUCUUUGGUUUCUUUUCUUGAUGCUUCUCCUGCCUUGGAGUCUUUCACCCUACACGCAAGUCACUAUCCAUAUCUCUCAUAUGUAUCUAAUGAUAUUAACAUAUUACACUUCAAGAUUGAUAUUUGAUGUUAAUCCUACAUAUGUAUAUGCAGGUAAGCAAGUAUGCCAUGACACAUUAUCCUGUUGUUGGAGAUGAUGACGAAUGCCUGAGACGGGAGCUGGACUUCUCGCAUAACUGCCUCAGACACGUGACGAUCACGGGAUUCUGUUCAGCCAAGUGCUUGGUUGAGCUCACCGUCCACAUCCUUGAGAGCACACACUCGCUGGAGCGCUUGACGCUGGACACAACCUACGACUACAAUCAAGGGCCUCGUACCAUUGGCAAAUGCACGAUCUCAAGUAAGACUGCCCAGUGUUGGCCGAUGAGCAAGGUAGUUAUUGACGAAGCUCAUAGAGCUGUGAAGACUGUUGAUAGAUACAUAGCUGGGAGAGUUCCAUUGGCUGUUCAAUUUGAGCUCCUGGAGCCCUGUAGUCGAUGCCAUACCGGCAGCCAGUAGAUCAUUGUCAGGGUGGUUUAUCUUUGCCUAGACUCCCAAGGAAUUCCGUCAAUAUUGCAUGUUUAAUCUUGGUACCCAUAAAUAGAUCUUCCUUUAUGCAUCUCAUCUAUAGCACACACGAAACCAUAUAUUUUUAUAAUGCAGUUUUUGUAUUGAAGGUAUAUAUAUUUACAUUUCUGCAAUCUAGUUUAGCCA